GUUUAUCGAGUGUUCUAGAUCUUGUUAACAUUAAUGAGCUGUCAGUGAUAAGCAAAGGUGGAAUAAAAUAUUUUUUUUAUAUAUGUAUUUCUGCAGACAGUACAUAUGAUGAAGGUCCAUUGUUUAAUUCUAGUGUUAGUCAGUAUUCUAGAUGACCACGGAAUAAUUGAGGGAUACAACUGUUGUCAAAAUGGAUGGGUUGUGUUUGAGGACUCAUGUUACUUGUUUGCAGAUGAAAUAAACAUUGACUGGACGGAAGCAACGCAUUUCUGCGAUGCGCACGAACAUUCUCACAUUGUGACAAUAGAAUCUCAUUCAGAGGAAUUGUUUCUCCGUGAUCAAUGCAAACGUUUAUUCAAGACAGGAGCUUCGAGGGAUAAUUGGUUCUGGAUUGGGGCAACAGACGACGAGAUUGAAGGUAUAUGGGUGUGGUACACAAAUCAUAAACCAAUCACUGAUGGUUACACCAACUGGUAUCCAGGACAACCAGACCAAUCAUCAGUUAAUCAAGAUUGUGCCGUGCUUUGGGGACCAUCUGGUUAUACCUGGCAUGAUCAUAUUUGUGAAUUGAAAGCACAUGUAAUAUGUGAAAGAAACAUAACAGCUUCUAGAGAGCAGGAAAUAAUUGGUUGAUGCAGAAACAAUUGAUUUUCUGUAUGUUUUAAAAAUAAAAUGAGACGUAGUAUGAAUAAAUUAUGCGUUUA